AUUUUCACCGCCCUCCGCCUGAAGAAUGUAUUUUCCACAAGGGCGGAUCGGAUGGCUUCAUUAGUAAUAACGACAUUUCUGAGAGUAUGUUCAACUACUCGUUAAGCUGGAAUGUUUCUUUGGAUUGUACUUGGGCUAUCGAAGUUUACCCUAGUUGGAAGAUGUACUUGACCUUCCAGAAAUACCAGCUUGCCCAUCCCAAUAACUGUGACCUUAACUACAUCGACAUAUAUGGCGAAAGUUUGAGUAUGGAUACUAGGCUUGAUAGAUUCUGUGGAACAGCGACAGAACCCCAGCGGUCAGAAAAGAACGUUCUUCACGUUCGAUAUUUUGCACAAUCGCAGGCCUUGGACGGCAUUUUCAGAAUCCUGUACACUGGCUUCAGAGAAUCAGAAGAGUGUGACCAAGUCAAAGAAUUCGACUGUGGGGAUGGAACGUGCGUGGAUAAAUCCCUCAAGUGUAAUGGACACUUCAACUGUAAAUACCGGUACGACGAGGAGGAUACCAUAUGUUCCGUUGGAUCCACUGCAAGUGUGGUGUUGUCCUCAGAACACAUGAUUAUUAUUCUCGUAGUGUUCUUCGCUUUGGUGCUCGGCAUGUGCCUAUCAAUUUCCGUCUCCUGUUACAAUAAGAUAAAGGAGAGGAAGGAGCAGGAACGAGAGUAUAGGCUACGUCGCUCCAAGGAAGCAUCGGUAGAGACAGAUCUGGACCAGAAGGUCGGUAGUUUCGAGAAAAACCUAGGGACACUGAUGACCGUUCAGAACACCAACGUAACAGUGGAAUCUCGAAAUACCGGAAGUAAAGAAGCUCAAGAGGAGGAAGAAGAUGGGUGUUACGUCCCGGAAAUGGAUCUGUCUGCAUUUGACAAAUAUCCUAACGGUGGCUCUUCGGUGACCAGAGCAGCUGACCACUGCCCAAGAUCUCCGCCCACUAGACAAGCUGCAGUUACCAUUCUACCCGAUGGCAGCCAACAUCAUCCUUUCUGUAGUCACCACAGGGGUAGUCCUCCUCUUCCUCCCCCUCCCCCGCCUCCUCUGCCUCCUCACCUCCGCAAACACAGAGAAGAAGUCGAUCCCUUGGGUUGUUUUGUCCUUGUUGACAAUCAGUGCCCCAAACACAAUAGAUUAACAACUCUUCGAGCUCAGCCUGAGCUCACAGAAACUGUGGUUGAGCUCUAUCCAGACAGUCCUGGAGGUUGUCGUCAGAGAUAUGAUCACCCAACAUGAUGCUGUACUCAGCGUAGAUAAGUCGACCAGUCGAACCUCAAGUGGAUGAGGUUUGACACAAGUGCGUGUCCAUUCUGAAGGCUGAAAGUCGUCAGUGGAUCUGGAAUUACUGUUCGGGCUCGUGCCAAAUUACUGCUCUCUUAUAAUGUUACUUUCAUUCUUCAACAAACACCCAAUAUGUGUGUGCAGAAG